UUCAUUGUUUAACUUCGAUAUGUAAAAUGCAAUAAAACUAUUGGCACGAAGAUUUCAUUCCUGGAAUUCGCCAUUGCAGCGGAACCAAACAAGUGAAUAGAUGCACAACAACGGUGGUAAAACAACAACAACAACACCAAAAAAAGUGAGACAAUAUAAAAAUAAAUAAAAGAAACAGUGAAAAUAACAACAGCUCGUAUUAAUUACACAUACAUUAAAAGGCAAUGUUGAUGGAAUGGUAAAUAACAGCACAGCAGCCAACUUGAAAUAGCAGUGAAACAUAAAUAUUCGUGCUGCAUUUUUUUCAGUGCAUAGGUACUUAAUUGAUGUUAAAUUGACGUGCAUUCACAUUGCAGUGCGUGCGUGUGUGUGUGUGUGUGUAAGAGUGUGUUUCGUGGGUUUUAAGAAACAGUUAAUUAUUGCAAGCAUAAAAAAAACGUACAUAAAAAAUAGUCAGUUACUUGAAAAAUUCCACAGCAAAAUUAUGUUUGUGAAAUUAAAGAAAAUAUACCAAACACAUGUGUAGUAAGCAAACAAAAACGUAAUAGAAAAUUAAACAAAAAAAAAUUAAGUAAACACGGCGAACUAAAAAACACACACAUAUACAACAGUAAAAACAGCACUUGGACAACUGUAAUUUUAUAAAAAAAAAAUUCAGUCCUUGGAUUACUUGGACGAUGGCAGUGUCCUGCCCCGAAGUAAUGUACGGUGCUUACUAUCCAUAUUUGUAUGGCCGUGCCGGACCAAGUCGUUCAUUCUAUCAAUAUGAGAGGUUCAAUCAGGAUUUGUACUCAUCGUCGGGCGUGCAAUUGGCCUCAUCGAGCGCCUCUGGCAGCUCACAUUCGCCCUGCAGUCCUAUCCUUCCGCCGGCGGUGAGUGCUAAUGCUGCCGCUGCAGCAGUAGCGGCCGCGCACAAUACCGCCGCGGCGGUAGUCGCCGUCGCAGCACAAACGGCCAAUCACUCGGCGAGCAUAGCUGCAACGACGAGUCUGCCGUUGGGCGGCGGUGGCGGCGCUGGUGUACCUGGUGGUGGUGGUGGUGGUAGCGGCAGUAUAGGAGGUGCUGGUGGUAGUGCGGGCGUUGCAAGUUCAGUGCUUGGUGCCACAGGAGGUGGCGGCGGAGGAGUGGUCAUUGGUGGCGGCAGCGGCAGCAGCGUAGCGGUCAGCAAUGCGAUACAACACAGCAGAGCGCAUACCAAAGAAGAAGAUAUGGGAGUGCAACGAAGUGAAGCUGAAGCUCGGCUAGUGGGUUCACAUCACAACGAGUCCUCCUGCUCAUCAAGUCCUGAUUCACCUCGCCACGCAUUGCACGGAGCACAAGCGAAGGAACUGCCCCUGCCGUUGGAUAGCUCGAAUGUCAACGGACAGGGUAGAGCACAAUACUUAUCAGCCACCUGCGUCGUAUUUACAAACUAUUCCGGCGACACGGCCAGCGUUGUGGAUGAACACUUUUCGCGGGCGCUCAAUUUUAGCAAUAAAGAAAGCAAAGAAACGAGUAGUCCCAUGUCAGCAAGAAAUUUCCCACCUUCGUUUUGGAACAGUAACUAUGUGCAUCCAGUGCACGCGCCGUCACAUCCGCAGGUUGGUGAUCUGUACACCUCGGACGGUGGCUACGCAACGGAUCCAUGGGUGCCACAUGCCGCCGCUGCACACUAUGGUUCUUAUGCGCACGCGGCACAUGCGCAUGCGGCACACGCACAUGCCUACCAUCACAAUAUGGCGCAAUACGGUAGCCUGUUACGGUUGCCACAGCAAUACAGCCAUGGUACCAGACUGCAUCACGACCAACAGACCGCGCAUGCGCUCGAAAGUGCGGCAGCCUAUUCCAGUUACCCCACAAUGGCAGGACUUGAAGCGCAAGUACAAGAGUCAUCUAAGGAUCUUUACUGGUUUUAAAUUUAAGUGCAACGCAAUGUAAAAAGACACACAUACACACUCACACGCAAAUAGAUA